AUUGAAAUAUUAUUCGCUAAAAAGAAAUCGAUAUUCGAGAAAAGGAGAUGUGGCAACGUUGCAUUGCUGGUGGAAGUGAAGAAAUGGUAAGCAAUCCAAGUCAAAAGUCAAUAAAAUCAAAAAGCAGAAACAACCACUACGUAUAAAUAAUAAAUAUAAAUGUUCCAGGAAUCAUAGUGGUGAAACAAUAGUGAAUUACGAUUAGAUAACGACCCAUUGCGGAAGUUGUACUUAUAUAUUUUUGGUAAUGGUAUCGCCGGCCGAAGGUGGAUGUUUAAUCAAGAGCGAUUUUUGAAACAUGUCUAAAACCAUCAAUGCAUAUAGGAUCAAAAAAAUAGAAAACUACGGCAAAAUGACGCAGAUGACCCAAGAAGAAAUCGUCGCCGCCGUGAAGACGGUCGCCCAAGGCCUGGAGGCGCUGCGCUCGGAGCACACCGGCAUCCUGCACAGCCUCCACGAAGCCCCGGAUCCCAUAGCCAACGAACGGGCCACGUUGGUGCAGCAAAGCGCCGAAAUGAUCGAGCUCGGUCUCGGAGAAGCCCAGGUCAUAACGGCGUUGGCGUCGCACUUGCAACUGGUCGAGGCCGAGAAGCAGAAGCUGCGCACGCAGGUGAGACGAUUGUGCCAGGAGAACGCGUGGCUGCGCGACGAACUGGCCUCGACGCAGCAACGGUUGCAGUCCAGCGAGCAGAUGGUCGCCCAAUUGGAGGAGGAGAAGCGCCACUGCGAGUUUAUGAGCUCGAUCAGCAAAUACGAUCAGGACGUGACCGAUGACAACGCCUCGGAGGCCUCGAAGAACGAAAAGCACGAUCCCGUGGUCGAUUUGUUUCCGGACGAUGACGCCGACGAUAGGCACAAUAUGUCUCCGACGCCUCCGAAUCAACUCCAGCUGUCCCAGCAGGUGAACGCCGGUUACGAAAUACCCGCUCGUCUGAGGACCUUACACAACUUAGUUAUCCAGUACGCGUCGCAGGGUCGUUACGAAGUAGCCGUGCCCCUCUGCAAGCAAGCCCUAGAAGAUUUGGAGAAGACCAGCGGCCACGAUCAUCCCGACGUGGCCACCAUGUUGAACAUACUAGCUCUAGUUUAUAGAGAUCAGAAUAAAUACAAAGAGGCGGCGAACCUGUUGAACGACGCCCUGGCGAUAAGGGAGAAAACCUUGGGCGAGAACCAUCCGGCCGUCGCCGCGACUUUGAACAAUUUGGCUGUGUUAUACGGUAAACGAGGCAAGUACAAAGAGGCCGAGCCGUUGUGCAAGCGAGCCUUGGACAUCAGAGAAAAGGUGCUCGGCAAGGAGCACCCCGACGUCGCCAAGCAACUCAAUAACCUGGCUUUGCUUUGUCAAAACCAAGGUAAAUACGAAGAGGUUGAGAAAUAUUACCAGAGGGCGCUCGAGAUAUACGAGAAAAGAUUGGGCGCGGACGAUCCGAACGUGAGCAAAACGAUGAACAAUCUGGCUUCCUGUUAUUUGAAGCAAGGCAAAUACAAGGAAGCGGAGAUUCUCUACAAGCAGAUCCUGAACAGGGCGCACGAACGGGAAUUCGGGACAAUUGAUGGCGAGAACAAACCGAUCUGGCAGGUGGCCGAGGAGCGCGAGGAGAACAAGGCCAAGAACAAGGAGAACGUUCCCUAUGGGGAGUACGGAGGAUGGCACAAAGCGGCCAAGGUGGAUUCCCCGACCGUUACUACCACCCUCAAGAAUCUAGGAGCUUUAUACAGACGACAGGGUAAAUACGAGGCAGCCGAAACGCUGGAGGAUUGCGCACUGCGCAGUCGAAAAGAGGCUUUAGAUAUCGUUAAACACAGCAGAAAUCUGCUGACGGACGACCGGCGAAAGCCGGGCAGCGCCAAAGACAAGGCGUCCCGACGGGGAUCCCGGGAGUCCUUGGACAUGUCCUACGACGGCGACGAGAAUUCAACGGCGAAGACGCCGGACACGGAAAAGGGCACCUUAAAAACCAAGCUAUUUAGCGCCCUGGGAAUUCAUUCGCCGGGCAGCAAACCCAACUCUUAGUUAUCCUUUCGUUUCAGGACGUGUUUAUUCAUUUAAUUCGAUUAAUUAAUUGAGCUUUCUUGGACAAACGGCAGUAAAAUUUAUUAAGAAAAUAACAUUCCAACGAAUCGUUUGCGGCAAAUAAUUGCGAAUCUUGUAGUGCAAUAUUAACAUAGAUUAAUAACAAACAAAAAAAAAUUUACAGCGUGUCUUUGAAAAGUAGAUGAACCGAGGAAAAGUAGUUUUUUGAUACUGAACUUUUUAUUAGGGUUUAUUUUCGGAUAUUAUUUUCCUCAGACUCCUUGUUCCGUUUUAUUAAUUUUAUUAAUUGCGUUCCUUAUUAAACCUAUAUGUUUUUUUAAUUAUCUCCCGAUGUUUUUAAAUUUUAAUUAGUAUACGAUACGUCAAUUAAUUAGUUGAUAAGAGAUUUUUUAACUUUGAAACUUAUACAGGGCGAUGUCCGUGUUGAAAUUUAACGCCCUGUAUAUCAAACGAAGAUUCGUUCAAUGCUUUUGAGAGACCCUGUGCUUUUUGCAUGAAAAAUCUUCAGCACUUUCGCUCGAUUUGAUUCAAUUAACGAAGGGCAUUUGCUUGUGAAAACGGGACAAGAGAAUUGUAUAUGUAUUUUACGGAUAUUCGACGUAUUUGAUCAAAUUGUAUUAUAUUUUAUUAGAUUUUUUUUAGAUAAUUUACUUUUUACUCAUUGUAGGUUUUGUUUACAUAUGGCUUGUAAAAUAAUUUCAAUAAAACGUUUCUUUGAA